UUGUCUCAUUGCUCGCGUUUCGGAGACGAGCCCUUCCUUGGGUUGCCCUAAUCGUCUCGGCAGGUGACCAGAAAGAGGGAGGCGGGAUGACGACGGCCGCGCGACCGACGUGGGCGCCGGCGAAGGGCGGGAACGAGCAGGGCGGGACCCGGAUCUUCGGGCCUUCGCAGAAGUACUCCUCCCGCGACCUCGCCGCCCACACCAACCUCAAGCCCAGGAAAGAGGGGCAGGAUACUCAGGAUGAGUUGCAGAGGAGGAACCUCCGGGAGGAGCUGGAAGAGCGCGAGCGGAGACACUUUUCCUCUAAAGACAAGUCUUAUGCUGAAGAGAGAGAUCGAAGAAAAGGGGGGCACCUUUUCUUGGAGGGAACAAAGAGAGAGGCUGAAGAUAGGAUUGUUCCAAGAAGUAUUGAUGCCGAUGACUCUGAUGUGGAUGUCAAAGAAGCUGCUGAUGAUGAUGAUGAUAAUGAGAGUGAUGGUGAUGAGGAUGAGGAUGAUACUGAAGCCCUUUUAGCUGAGCUUGAAAGGAUAAAGAAAGAACGAGCCGAGGAAAAACUCCGGAAGGAACGACAACAACAGGAGGAAGAGCUGAAGGCAAAAGAAGCUGAGUUGAUGCGUGGAAACCCAUUGAUCAACCUCAGCAAUUCAGCCUCCUUCAAUGUUAAAAGAAGGUGGGAUGACGAUGUGGUCUUCAAGAAUCAGGCUCGUGGGGAAACCAAGAUCGCCAAGCGUUUCAUCAACGAUACCAUCAGGAACGACUUCCACCGCAAGUUUCUGCAGAAGUACAUGAAAUAGUUAAUUGGGGGUUGUGGGAUUUCUCUUAUCAGGAACUGGUGAUUUCGUAUACGUACCAUGUAAUCUGGCCCUUCGGAGGGCCCACACUGUUUAUGUGUAGUUAAUGUUCUUCAUCUUGUAGUGUUUUCAUAACAUUUGGAAUCAGAACAACUACUAUUGGCUUGUAUUUGCUUUAACUAAUUUGCUCAUCCAUCAUA